GUGGUUUUCAGUGGAGUUUGUGAUAGAAGAAGAAGACCGCAGAAAAGAGGGGAAACGAUUAAAAGGAAAAAUGUCUUCAGUUCCAGAUGGAAAGAAGCUUGUCCGCAGCUCCAGCGGCCUCAGAAUGGUUCCAGAAAACGGUGCCUUUAACAGCCCGUUCUCCCUGGACGAGCCUCAGUGGGUCCCGGAUAAAGAGUGUCCAAGAUGCAUGCAAUGCGACACCAAAUUUGACUUCAUCAGAAGAAAGCACCACUGCCGCCGCUGUGGUCGGUGUUUUUGUGAUAAAUGCUGCAGCAAGAAGGUGGCGCUGCCCCGGAUGUGUUUUGUUGACCCAGUGAGGCAGUGUGCAGAAUGCAGCCUGGUCUCACAGAAGGAGGUGGAGUUCUACGACAAACAGCUCAAAGUGCUUCUGGCAGGAGGUACCUUUGUUGUCACUUUGGGAACAUCAGACAAGUCAGAAACCAUGACGUGCCGCCUUUCCAACAACCACAGAUAUUUGUUCCUUGAUGGUGAAAGCCACUUUGAGGUUGAGCUGUCCCGCAUCUCAAGCAUGCAGAUUCUGACCGAUGGAACAAGUCCAGGAGAGGAAGACAUUCACACUUACACCAGUCUGCUGGACAGUCACUGUAUCUCUGAAGGAGGGACGUCACGUGCUAGUGGAAUGCUCCUUCACUACAAACCUAUGGGCUCCCUGGAUGCCCAGCAACUACAAAUGGAGGCAGCAGAGGACAAGAAGGUGGCCUCGUUGUGGCUUGCCGCAAUGCAUAAGGCGGCCAAACUGCUGCAUGAAGCUCGGGACCAGUGACGCCCCGCGCUGAACGUCAAAGCAACGAGCACCCAAGUGUUUUAAAGCUGACUUGGAUUUAGAUCGGAUUUGGUUUCAUUCAGAUUUUACUAUCAGUUCUGAUUUGAUUCAUCCAUCUGAUUUUUCUCAUCGGUUCUUUGUACCAGUACUUAUCUAAGUAAUUUUUCUCAAGAAAUCUUUCUUAAAG